UAAAAACUGUGUUGGUUAUGCUAAUCUCCAACAGCUGCCAAAGAAGAGGAGUUUCACUGACCUUCCUUCGUCCAUUCAUGGUUGGAAGAGCAAGUUCGUCUUCGUAUCUUUGGGUGAGGACGGCACGGAGUUUCCCUCAGUUGGUCAUGACGGUAAGUUCACCCUUCACGACGUGCCAAAGAGUAGUGUUUUGGAUGCCCAGGUAGCGGCAUUUCUGAAGGGAGGGCCGAGGAGCGUGAAGCAUUACAUUACGGAGUAUAAGAUGACCGCCCUCGACUUCAUGAGGUAUCAUGUGUACGGCGACAAGGAAAGUGACAUCGAGUUGUGGCCGAAGAUGACCACCACCUUUGAGGAGGCCGACGGCCCGGAUAUGGGCAUUCCUGCUGACGCCGAUGGUAAUACCUUCCCUGGCGUCUUCAUCUAUGUUUUCUUUUGUUUUUGCUAACUGUUUGUUUUCCUGGUUGUACAGACUUCACUAUGGAUCGUAGAUCCGUCAUGGCCCUAGCCAAAGCUAAGGCGAAGGAGGAGAUGGCCGCAAAGGAGGCCGCAAAGAAGGCCGCUGCGAGCAGCGCCCAACCAAGCUCUGAUGCGGCGAAGAAGCCGCCAACGCAGUCGAAGAAGAAGCGGCCUACUGAUGACGGCCAGAAAAAACUUACCGAGGCCGGCAUGCAAUCCAAGAAGCCGAAGAGGGCUUCCCCUCUGGCGGAUACUGGUGCCGGAGGUCUGGCCAUACUGGAUGAUGAUGUCGGGGGCUCAAAUGCCAUUGCCGUUGUGGACGUGGUUUCGGUCCCCUCUUCGGCGGUCCUAUCUCAGCCACCGCCUAUCAGCCAAGAGCCCCGCAAGCAGAGGGCCGGCAAGGAGCUGGCCGGCGGGACUUACAAGCUCGAGAUCGAGUAUCCUGUGAAGGGUGGCAUCUUCAAUGACGCCGUUGACGGCCACGAUGUCCUAGACCAGGCUGUCCCGGUCGAGGAUCGGGCUUAUCUGAAGAAGCUGGGUCCCGUCAGGAUUUAUGAUGGCGGUAUGGACCUCAUCGUCCAAGGCGCUCUCAUGCUGAUGGAGAGCCA